UGUGAUGAGACGGAUGGAAGGUCUUUCAAACCCAAAAAUAAACUCAUGUGCUGUGUGAUCCAUGUGGGAUUUAUGGAUAAAAUUUACAAUAUAAAAUGUAUUUUUUUAAGCAAACAUGGAGAGGUGAAGCCUCAGCUCGCGGGGGGAGGUCGGUCUCCGGUGUACAGCAGGGGGGUGGGUCUCUGUCUGCUGCACUCAGGCUCAGCCUCGUCACACCCAGGCCGGCCGCGCCCGCCCGCCCGGUCUGCUUCUCCUCCGGACCCCCGGCGGCUCCCGCAGGUCUUUGUCAGAGGCUGCGGGAACUUGGCUCCUCCGAACACCUCCUCCACCUCCGCCCUCUGCCUUCGCUCCGCAGGCUGGCCCGGUAUGGACUCCGCAACAAGUGUGCCGCGUUCUGAGGCGCGCGGGUCAGAAGGCGACCAGCCUCCCUGCGCGCGUGCAGACACGCCAGCUCACGUGCGCUCACAGGACGGGGUUCGCGCAGACGCCGAGUCUUUGCGCAUCACGAUCGGCGGCGGCGCUCCCCCGCGGGCCGUGUGUCGCGGCUGCGACCGCAUCAUCUGCGACCGUUUCCUGCUGUGGGUGAACGGCGCGUGCUGGCACGAGGCGUGCCUACGGUGUGCCGCGUGCCGGCAGCCGCUCGCCACCACCUGCUACGUCAACGACACCAAGCUCUACUGCAGGAGAGACUACCGCCGGUUAUUUUCAGUGAAGUGCAGCGGCUGUCUGGAGAGAAUAGCGGCCACAGACUUGGUAAUGCGAGCUCUGGAGAGAGUUUACCAUCUAAGCUGCUUCUGCUGCUGCAUCUGCGAGCACCAACUGUGCAAAGGAGACGAGUUUGUUCUGAAGGAGGGUCAGCUGUUCUGCAAGCAAGACUACGAGAAGGAGAGGAACCUCAGCAGCAUCAGUGGAGAUAACUCAGACUCAGAUAAGAGUGGAGAGGAAGACUUUGAAACAAAGUCCGAACAUUCUGUCACAGCAGUGAAAGGGAGCGAUGACGGCAAAAACCUUUACCGACCCAAACGACCUCGGACCAUUCUCACCACCCAGCAGAGGAGAGCCUUUAAGGCCUCAUUCGAGGUGUCCUCCAAACCUUGCAGGAAGGUGAGAGAGACUUUGGCUGCAGAGACGGGUCUAAGCGUUCGUGUGGUCCAGGUUUGGUUCCAGAACCAGAGAGCAAAGAUGAAGAAGCUUGCCCGCAGACAGCAGCAACAGCAGGAGCAACAUGCCAGCCAAAGGCUCAGCCAAGAAAUGAUCUCGGGCUGCAUGAAAGGUCUCCUCAGCUCCUACUCUGGACCUCUACCUUCAAACCAGCAUCUGCUGA